CGGUGCUGCCGACGUGAGCUCUCCGCUGCUGGGAGGCGGAGGGAUGAUGGGCGGCGGCAGCGGACUGGGGGGCUUGGAGGCGAACACAGGAGCGUACGAGCCCAAGGUGGGUCGUCUGGGCUCCAUCGCCGGCCUGAUCUCUCGGGAGCGGCUGCCGGGGUUCGAGCGGCUGCUGUUCCGCGCCACUCGCGGCAACAACUACUUCCGCUACAUGGCGGUGGGCAAGGUGCUGGACCCGGCCAGCGGCGAGAUGGUUGAGAAGGCGGUGUUUGUGGUGUUCUUCGCGGGGGAGCGGGCGCGGGUCAAGAUCGGCAAGAUCUGUGAGGCGUACGGCGCCAACCGCUACCCGCUGCCCGAGGAGCCCAACCGCCAGCGUGCCAUGGCCGCCGAGGUGGGCGGGCGGCUGACGGAGAUGCGCACCACGCUGGAUGCGGGGGAGCUGCAGCGGAGCAGACUGCUGGCCCGGGUGGCGGCGGACAUUGACGCCUGGAGCAUGCUUGUUCGCCGUGAGAAGGCAGUGUACCACACCCUGAACAAGUGCAACGUGGACGUGACGCGCAAGGUGCUCGUGGCUGAGGCGUGGGUGCCCGCCUCGGCGCGGGUGAGGGUGGCGGAGGCGCUGAGGGGCGUGGCGGACAGCUCGCAACAGAUUGGCACCAUCCUGCAGCCCCUGGCAUCCCACGAGAACCCUCCCACCUACUUCCGCACCUCCAAGUUCACAGCCUGCUUCCAAUCCAUCGUGGACGCGUACGGCAUUGCGCGGUACCGCGAGGUCAACCCCGCGGUGUUCACCAUUGCCACCUUCCCCUUCCUGUUUGCGGUCAUGUUUGGAGACCUGGGGCACGGGCUGCUGAUGAGCAUCUUUGCGGCGUGGCUGCUGUGGAAUGAGGCCAAGUUUGGGAAGCAACAGCUCAACGACAUGUUUUCCAUGCUGUACAGCGGCCGCUACUGCAUCAUGCUGAUGGGGCUGUUCUCCAUCUACAUGGGCGCCAUGUACAACGAGUUCUUCUCCAUGCCAAUGACUCUGGCGGGCGACUCGGCGUUCAAGUGUUUCGUCAACGGCACUGCCAGCGCCACCAUCGACCGCCGGGACUGCGGGCACCACGGGGGCAAGCUGCUGAUGGACGGCAGCCGAGGUCCGUACGGCUUUGGUGUGGACCCCAUCUGGCACGGCACCAAGACGGAGCUGCCCUUCCUGAACAGCAUGAAGAUGAAGAUGAGCAUCCUGCUGGGGGUGGCGCACAUGAACCUGGGCAUCCUCAUGUCGCUGCUGAACAACAACUACUUCAGGGACCGUCUCUCCACGAUUUGCGAGUUCGUGCCGCAGAUGAUCUUCCUGAACGGCCUCUUCGGCUACCUGUCGUCCCUCAUUGUGGGCAAGUGGGUGAGCGGCUCCACGGUGGACCUCUACCACGUCAUGAUCUACAUGUUCCUCACGCCAGGCAACGUGACCGACGGCACGGGCGGCUCCGCCAACGGCAAGCUCUUCGCCGGCCAGGCCGCGCUGCAGAACCUGCUGCUGGUGGCGGCGCUGAUCGCGGUGCCCUGGAUGCUGCUGCCCAAGCCGCUGGUGCUCAAGAAGCGCGCGGAGGCGGCGGCAAAGAUUCGCGGCGAGUACCGCCGACUGGAGGCGGACCACGAGGCGGGUGGGGCGGCGGCGGCAGCAGGGCACCACCAUGCGGGAGGUCACGGAGGAGGUGGACAUGGGGGGCAUGGAGAGCACUUUGAGUUUGGGGAGGUCAUGGUGCAUCAGAUGAUCCACACCAUUGAGUUCGUGCUGGGUGCCGUGUCCAACACCGCCUCCUACCUGCGGCUGUGGGCGCUGUCGCUGGCGCACAGCCAGCUGUCGGCCGUGUUCUACGACCGAGUGCUCAUGAUGACGGUGUCGCUCGCCAGUCCCGCUGCCAUGGUGGUGGGCUUCUUCGUGUUCGCAGUCGCCACGCUGGGAGUGCUCAUGGUGAUGGAGUCGCUGUCCGCCUUCCUGCAUGCGCUGCGUUUGCACUGGGUGGAGUACCAGAACAAGUUCUACCGGGGAGAUGGCUACGCGUUUGUGCCGUUUGCCUUCUCGCAUGCGUCCAUCACGGCUGCUGCACACGGGCAGGAUGAGUGAGCGGGGCCCGGGUUGGGACGUUGUGCUUGCUUGGGGCGAGGUCUUUUUGGCAUGCUGGCUCACAGCGUUCUAACUGGGGCAUCUUUUCCUGCUUGGGGUUGAAUUGGGAGAUGUGUGUGGGCUGGUUGGUUGGUUGGUAGAAACAUGCGGUACGAAGAAGCAAUGGGUAUGUAGGGUUUUCAGGCUUUCUGGGUGGGUAUUGUGGUAGUCGCAUGGUAGGUCGUGUGAAGCGGAUCUGCAAGCAGGGGUCUUGUGAAGCGGACUGUCAAGUCAUAUGGAUUUGGUGUACGGCGUUUGACUGUGGCCUUUAGGGAGUGUAUGGCAUGUACGGUGUCAAGCAAGUACGACAGGUUUGUUUCCGCAUCCGAUGUACAAUGACAUGUGAGUAGAAGUGUUUUUGUGUGCACGCGUGUACGGUAUAUUACUUAAUACAGGAUCGUGUCCUUCAUAAGGGUGUAGCGACGUAGUUUUGUUAUCUGUUUUGGAUCUUCUGCCUGUUCCGGCUCAGUCUUUCGUGAGUUGACUGCUCCUGUGAAACAACGGCUGCAGUAACAGCGAUAGCAGUUGAGAGGCGGAGGGACGCGCAUGCGUGCUGUUGUCUGGGUUAAGAGUUGACUUGCGCGGUGGUUAUUUGGUGACACCGAUUGGCAUAAACGGAUUGCAGGUGGUUGGCGAUUGGUGAAAGGUUUGUGCGCGAUUGACAUCCGUAGGUGCCACCAGAGUCCGUCUAGAUUGUAUUUCUGUUGGCCAGGUUUUCAAGAGUUAGGUAAGGCAAAAGGCAUGGUGUAGGUGCAGAGUCCAAGAGUCCCUAUCAUGAUCUACCCAUAACGAUAGGAGAGCAUGGCAUGUUGGGCAUCAUGGCAACUACAACAUAAAAAACCGGGCAAAUAGCUCUUGAUGAUUUCUUUCCGAAGGAGUGGGUGCUGUUGCUGGUUAUGGCAGUGGGGAACAGCCCGAACAGGUGGUUUGGUUUCUGGCGCUAAGAGGCUUGUGGUGGCCGGAACCACGGGUGUGAUGGCAGCAUGCGGCUA